GCCCGCCUCCCAUCGCGAGUCUGUGUAUUUUGAUUCAUUUAUGUAUUGGUCAAUCCAGGGAGUCCUUAAUGUUAUUGGACAAGAGUCCAGUCAGUCACUCAAGAGGUGGGCCGGGGAGGGGCGGAGCUAGUAAGUUACCCGCCCAUAGAAAGUGCUGAUUGGACAAGCAUUUGUUUUCUCUACCGCUAAUUGGUUCUGGGAGGCUUUCCCCGCCCAGAAAUGUGAUCGCGUGGUCGUCAACUUUAACCCAGGAUGUCUACUCCCUGACUUCCCCCUAGGAAAGGAGUGCGGCGCUUGGUUCCCCUAGCAACCGGGCUCAGCGAGGAGGUGCCGGCUGCGUACAGUGCCGGCGACUCUGAGAGCCCGGGGCCGAGAGGCUGCGGGAGGACUUGACCUUUUCCCGGAGGAGUCCGCCGGCCGCCCCACCUGGAGGAGAGCGCGCAGGCCCCUGGCAGCCCCUCCCGGCCGCACGCCGAUCCGGGCCUUCAGGCCUUGUGGGGAGAGAAGCUUAGGAAGUCUUCCCUUCGGGCGCAUGCCCCAGAGAGACCUUUGAGGUCCCACCCCCGGCCUCCGGGCCAGAGAGAGAGAGGAUGAACCGGCUGUGCGACAUGGAGCCCAGGGUGAUGGAUGAUGAGAUGCUCAAGCUGGCCGUUGGGCAGCAGGGCCCGCGAGACGAGGCCGGGCAGCUGGCCAAGCAGGAGGGCAUCCUCUUCAAGGACGUCCUGUCCCUGCAGCUGGACUUCCACAACAUCCUCCGCAUCGACAGCCUCUGGCAGUUUGAGAACCUACGGAAGCUGCAGCUGGACAACAACAUCAUCGAGAAGAUCGAGGGCCUGGAGAACCUCACACGCCUGGUCUGGCUGGACCUGUCCUUCAACAACAUUGAGGCCAUCGAGGGGCUGGACACGCUGGUGAACCUGGAGGACCUGAGCCUGUUCAACAACCGGAUCUCCAAGAUCGACUCGCUGGACGCGCUGGUCAAGCUGCAGGUGCUGUCGCUGGGCAACAACCAGAUCGGCAACAUGAUGAACGUCAUCUACCUGCGGCGGUUCAAGGACCUGCGGACGCUCAGCCUUUCAGGGAACCCGGUCGCCGAGGCCGAGGACUACAGGACGUGCAUCUGUGCCUACCUCCCCGACCUGGUGUACCUGGACUUCCGGCGCAUCGACGACCAAAUGAAAGAGCUGGCGGAGAUGAAGCACCAGUACAGCAUGGACGAGCUGAAGCACCGGGAGAGCCUGAUGCAGGCCCGGCUGGAGGGUGAGCAGGCCCGGCGGGAGGAGCUGGCGGAGCACGAGGCGGCCUUCGUGGAGCACCUGAAUGGCCCCUUCCUGUUUGACAGCAUGUACGCCGAGGACGUGGAGGGUAGCCAGCUGUCCCACCUGCCCGGCGUGGGCGAGCUCUUGCAGACCUACAAGGACAAGUUCGUCAUCAUCUGCCUGAACAUCUUCGAGUAUGGCCUGAAGCAGCAGGAGAAGCGGAAGGCGGAGCUCUACACCUUCAUGGGGUGUGUCCAGGAGGCCGUCCAGGAAAAGCAGGAGCAGGGCAAGCAAAAGAUCGCCAAGUUCGAGGAGAAGCACUUGCUGAGUUUAAGCUCCAUCCAAGACGAGUCUGAACUGACCAACUUCGAGAUAAAGGUGGCGGAGUACAGCGAGGACAUCACCGAGCUGGCCAACGUGCUCAUGACGCUGGAGAUGCAGCUGGUGGAGCAGCUGGAGGAGACUAUUAACAUGUUUGAAAGGAACAUCAUCGACUUGGUGGGACUCUUUGUCGAAAACGUCCAAAGCCUGAUGGCUCAGUGCCGGGACCUGGAGAACCACCACCACGAGAAGCUCCUGGAGAUCGCCAUCAGCACCCUGGAGAAGAUAGUCAAGGGCGAGCUGGACGAGGACCUGCCGGACGCCGUGCGCUCGCUCUUUGUCGACAAAGACACGAUCGUUAACGCGGUCGGGGCCUCACACGACAUCCACCUCCUGAAGAUCGACAAUCGGGAGGACGAGCUGGUGACCAGGGUCAACUCCUGGUGCGCACACCUGGUGGACAAGAUUCACAAGGACGAGAUCAUGAGGAACCGCAGGCGCGUGAAGGAGAUCGACCAGUACAUCGACCACGUGCAGAGCGAGCUGGACAGCCUGGACUGCAGCGACCUCCUGGGCUAGGGCUGCGGCCCAGCCCUCCCCCCCGACCCCCGACCCCCGACCCCCGACCUUCACAGGUAGAGAGAA